AGAUGGCUGCGACCGAAGAGGAGCCGAAGCCCAAAAAGCUGAAGGUGGAGGCGCCGCGAGCGCUGAGUGAAAAUAUUCUCUUUGGGAUGGGAAAUCCUCUUCUUGACAUCACUGCUGUAGUGGAUAAGGAUUUCCUUGAUAAGUAUUCUCUUAAACCAAAUGACCAAAUCUUGGCUGAAGACAAACACAAGGAAUUGUUUGAUGAACUUGUAAAAAAAUUCAAAGUUGAAUAUCAUGCUGGUGGUUCUACCCAGAAUUCUAUUAAAGUGGCACAGUGGAUGAUUCAGCAGCCACACAAAGCAGCAACAUUUUUUGGAUGCAUUGGGAUAGAUAGAUUUGGAGAGAUUUUGAAGAAGAAAGCUGCUGAAGCCCAUGUGGAUGCUCAUUACUAUGAGCAAAAUGAGCAAACAACAGGAACUUGUGCCGUGUGCAUCACUGGUGACAACAGGUCCCUUGUAGCUAAUCUUGCUGCUGCCAAUUGUUAUAAAAAGGAAAAACAUCUUGAUAUGGAGAAAAACUGGACAUUGGUACAAAAAGCAAGAGUUUAUUAUAUAGCAGGCUUUUUUCUUACAGUUUCCCCAGAGUCGGUAUUAAAAGUGGCUAACCAUGCUUCUGAAAACAACAGAAUUUUUACUUUGAAUCUGUCUGCACCAUUUAUUAGUCAGUUCUACAAGGAAUCAUUGAUGAAAGUUAUGCCUUACGUUGACAUACUUUUUGGAAAUGAGACGGAAGCUGCCACUUUUGCUAGAGAGCAAGGCUUUGAGACUGAAGACAUUAAAGAAAUAGCCAAAAAGACACAAGCUCUGCCAAAGGUGAAUCCGAAGAGGCAGCGAAUCGUGAUUUUCACCCAAGGAAGAGAGGAUACUAUAAUGGCUACAGAAAAUGAAGUCACUGCGUUUGCUGUCUUGGAUCAAAACCAGGAAGAAAUUGUUGAUACCAAUGGAGCUGGAGAUGCAUUUGUUGGAGGUUUUCUGUCUCAGCUGGUCUCUGACAAGCCCCUGACUGAAUGCAUCCGUGCUGGUCACUACGCAGCAAGCGUCAUAAUUAGGCGGACUGGCUGCACUUUUCCUGAGAAGCCAGAUUUCCACUGAUAGAAAUGCAGGAAAUCCAAGCCCAGUGGAACAGAUACUGCCCUGAUUGCUUCCUGAGAAUUCCCAUAUUAAUAAAGAAGAAAAUUAUCUGCCAUCUUUUCCUACUAUAAUAAUAUUCAUUCUUAAUUUGGAGGGUACAGUAAUUCUCAGUAGAAUCUUUAUUCUCUCAACAACCUAAAAAAAUAAUGUCUAUUUCCAUAGUUUGAUAGUGCCACUUAAAUGUUGAUUAAACAGGAAUAUAACAUUUCAAUGGAAAUUUUUAUUUCAUUUUCAAUUACUUUGUAAAUUCAUGUGUAUUUAGCAAAUUGAUCAGUUUUUUUUUACAUUUCUGCUUUGAAUGCAGAUGUGAUUUAAUAUAAUAGAUUUUUAAACAGGAAUUAAUUCUAAAACAUCAAUCUUCAGCUUUUUAUACGAGUAUACUUAAUUUAGGAGUAUGUGUAUGUAUAUAUGUAUGUGUGUAUGUAUAUACAUACAUAUAUGUGUACCACAUAUAUAAAUGAUAAGUGGUCAAAUAAGGUACAGAAGAAUUUAUCUUGCCAAGUUAUGCCAAAUAACCUCUUUAGUGCAUACU